GGUUUACCCUUAAAUCAAACGCGCAGCAAAGGCGCGCUUGUUGGUACAGAUGCGAUGCAUGGGCUCUUCAGAAUAUCAGAUUCGAAGGAGCAAAGAACUUGUGGCAAAGAGCAAUCGUAACUACGUGCCAGUGAAGUUAUUAUAAUUAAAGAAGUCUGCCUGGACCGCGGAAACCUUGGAAUUAUAAAACAACAUUUUUUUUUCAUUACAGAGUAUUGUUCUUUAUGUUGAUGUAUGUUUGCAAGACAGUGCGAGAUAUUCGGAUUACAGGACCCCACGUGUAAUGCCACUGUGAAAAAGCGCACCAGAGACUACGUAGCGAAAGGAGAAGGCUUGUGCUAAAAGCACGAUCGAAAUUCCCUGCAUACACUUAUAACACGAACUAGCCCAAAUGCGCUGCACAUGUUUUGAACGUCAGGCGUAGUCAGCGGAUUUUUGUCUGUAAUACCUUAACGCAGGGAAUACAAAAAGACCGCUUCAUCUAGCCACCGACCCUUUCCGACUUAAAUUGUCCCGACAAAACUGAUGAUGACGGAGAACAGCGAAAAGGAGAACGAGCCACAGAACCGGGAACUCCAGCGUUCGCCAAGCACAGUGUCCAUACAGCCCGUAUCUAAGCUGCAGCGUCUGAAGCGCUCCCUGUCCUUCAAGACCAUCAUGCGCAGCAAGAGCGUCGAGAACUUCUUCCAGAGGUCCAACAGCGACGCCCGCCUUCCCCCAGACUUCCUGACCGACCCCCCGCCCCCGUCUCCGCCGCUGCUGCCGGGGUCCCCCAUGACCAGUGACUGCUCUCCUUCCCUCUCCCCCUCCCUCAGCCCCAACCUGUCCCUCUGCUCCCAGUCCCCCACCCUCACCUCCUCCCCGUCGCUGUCCUCCAAGCCGUCCGCCCAGCCCCGCCCGCUGUUGACGCAUUGCUUCCAGGAGCACGUGUUUCGUCGCCCCACCUACUGCCAGCUCUGCAAGCACAUGAUCGUGGGUAACUCCAAACAGGGCUUGCGCUGCAAAGCCUGCAAGCUGGGUGCCCAUCUCUGGUGCUCCUCUGAGCUAUCACAGCAGCCAUGCAACGGCAAGUCCGGAGCUUUCAAACGGAACUUCAGUUCCCCAAUGCUUGUCAACGAUCAGCUGGGCGUGGUCAAGGAGGCGUCCACCACCAAAGAGUCUGGGAAGGCACGUGUGGACCCUGUGUAUGAGACCCUGCGCUACGGGACGUCCCUGGCGCAAAUGAGCCGCUCCAGCUUCGGCAGCGUUUCCGAGUCGCCCACCUGCAGCAUGGAUGAGGGAGGGGAGGAGAGAGAUGAGGGCCAGCGCAGUACAGAGGAGGAGGGAGGCCAGGACCCUGGAGAUCUCACUGCAUCGGAAAAUGAGAAGGUAGAGUCAACAGAGGAACUGAAGGCUCCCAAACGGAUUGAGGUUCACUCCAUCCACACUUAUGUAGCCCUCUACAAGUUCCUGCCACAAGAACUGAACGACCUGGAGCUGCAUCCUGGUGAUCGUGUGCAGGUCACAGAUGACUCAAAUGAAGAGUGGUGGAAGGGGAAAAGUGGAGACAAGGUGGGCUUUUUCCCGGCCAACUUUGUGCAGAGGGUGCGUCCAGGAGAGCGAGUGUGGAGGGUCACGCAAGGCAUCCACGGCAACAAAGAGAUAGGUCACAUGACUGUGAAAGAGUCCCAGAUCUGUGUGGGGAAGAACGAGGACAGCAAUGGCUUCCUGAAGCUCAGCAGUGGGAAGAAGAGAGGCUUGGUUCCCUGUGAUUCCCUAGAGGAGAUAUGAGCUCCUGUUUGACCUUUUCCCCUGCCCCCCUCCCCCACCCCACAAAAAAGCACAGGCCCAGGCCAGGAGGGGCGUCCCACCACACCCACCGGGAGGAAGAGGCAGAGCACCCAAGGAGCAGCCUGGAGACAUCAAAGCUCAUAAGCCACAGAAACAGCAUGGGGACCCACCCCCAUACCUGUCCCAUUCACCUGAAUGCAGACCCCACACUUGCAUACCACCCUGAAGCUCAGUGCGGAUAUCUACACCAUCAUCAUGAGAGUGCUCAGCAGUGGCAGUCCUGCUCGGUUGCACUGUCAUCCGAAACUUGAGUCUCUUCAAGGAAAUUAGCAAAACCAUUUUAGCUGCAAUCCUGAUUCAGACCAGAUUUUAGGCUUUGGGCUCCUCCGAACCCUCAAGGCUACCCCCCACGAGACUGACCGUAUCUGGGAGAAACUGAGCUGGACAUCUUGACCUGCUUCCUGAAUCUAGAGUCUGUGUGUGAGAGUUAGGGGGAAAGGGGGGGGGGGGUGUUCCAGUUUUGGAUGCUGCCACUGCGUUUUUUUUACACCUUGUCUUCAGCCGGUGGUGUGUGGUGGGACCACCCCUCUCCGGGGCACACACCCCACAGGAGCCGAACGGAGAGAGACAGCGAGCAGGAAACGGCACCGCAAAGGCCACACCGUCUUACCUGGGGAAUUGGUCACAUAUCAUAGAGGAGAGACCUUAUGUGUGCAUAGUUUCUGUGGGUUUGUGGGAGCUUUAAGUUCUCACAUGCAGAUGUGUCAAGUCUUGCCCAGCCGUCAACAGAUAGCAUUGACAUUGCUGACUCCAAAGUGUGAGAAUGAAAGUGGCAUUAACAUGGCAGGGGCCAAGGAAAGGGCCUGCAUUUGUGUGUGUGACAGAGAGAGAGAGAGAAGGAGGAAGAGAGAGAGAAAGAGAAAAAGUAUGAGCGUGUGUUCUCCUUGUCCUCUGCUUUGGGCCACUCUGUUGCACACUGCAUCCCUGGGCUGGGAUUAAGUUCAUCUUAAUUUAGACUGGCAGCUCCACAAACUAUUUCCGUCUGUGUGUGCAAUUUCCUCAAGCUUUGUAAGGCCACAGAGUGAAGUUGGGCCACACCGUCAGUACUUGAUGAUACAGUACAUGAUGCACCCUAGGACGCUGAGAGAGUCAUGUAAAGGACAUCAGUCAAUGCAGGUCUACAUAUCGCAUGACCAUUGGAGAUUUUUUUUUGUGCUUCUGUAUGGGGUCGUCCACAAUGCAUAGACUUCUAUUUGGUCAAACUGCAAUGCACUUGUUACUUAAUUCUGAGUAACAAAUUUAAGCAUGAGUCACUAAUUGAAGUUACUUAUUUGUUUCUUGCAUGCUAUGAGUUCAGUUCAGUUACUGAAAUGACAGAAAAAUGUUGUGAAAGAAAUGUAAAACUGGCUUAGGUGCAUUGCAGUUAGACUGAAUCAAAGCCUUACUCUCAUAGUCAGUACCUAUGUAUAGGAGAACUGCUGAAGACAUGCAAAUAUUAGGCAGUAGAAUUUAAAGCAGUAAUCAUGGGUGACAUGUGCUCCGACUAAAACACACAGAUGGUGUGUUUUUUAACUUGUGUAGUUGUAGCACCUUGUUGUCAUUGAUAAAUCCAUUCAAAUAUUUGCCAGCAUCUUGAAAUAAACAUACUCAAGGCAAACAGCAUUGAUAUGUACAUAUAGAUAGAUCGAUAUAUGUACAUUUGGUGGUGGAGCUGUACUGAUUUUCUCCAGAGAGUAAAUCAAUGUGAGCCUGACCAUAGGUAUUCUUGCUUGUCAGCGCUUCACGACUGGAAGACCAAAGCAAACCGGGGUGGGAAAGAAACGGGCCAAUUGACGCACAGGUGCCCACACAGCAGGCACAGCGAAUGAACCGUGCCAGGGCUCCACUGCCAGGCUUCGGGAGAGAGAGAGAGAGGGCCGUCUGGCCGCUAGUCCUCAGGGUUCAGACACAACAUGUUAUAAUUAGAUUGUUCUCGUGUAUAUCAGCGGGCUCCUCUGUGGGGUGGAGGUGGGGCAGGCGUUGAGGAGGGAGGGGGCGUGCACUUGAAGGCCGCGCGGGCACUGUCACGGCCCCUCUGCCUCCGGGUGUCCUUUGAAGGUGUCAGAUCAUUUAUGUUUGCUUCUCGUGUCACUCGUCAAUCUGUCACUAAGGGAAAAGGACUCUCAAAUCCUGCUGACCUGGUCAAUCGGCCUCUUGUGCUUUUUUGAUGCCGGUUCUUGUUCCUCCUUUAAAAAUGGCAAACGAUAAAGCAGUAAAGGUAAUUCCAGGAGAAAGGAGUUUGAAGCAUGGAUAAGAGAAGGAGAGAGAGAGAGAGAGAGAGAGAGAGAGAGGGGGGGGGG